AUGGAACGUUCUGCAAAGACUUCACAUAAUUAUCAAAAAUUAGCACUGAUUAUUGGUAAUGGAAAUUACCAUCGAUCGAACAAUCAAUUAAGUAAAUCUAUUAUCAAUGCUGUAGAACUGUCAACUAUUCUCAAACGACUUAAUUUUAAAAUUACACUAUAUAUUGAUGUACGUACAAGCGAAGAGUUAUUGGGAAAUGUUGAAAAAUUCGCUAAAAACAUCAAAGAUAAUGAUUUAGUUUCGUUCUACUAUUCUGGUCAUGCUAAUCAAGUUAACAAGCAAAAUUAUUUAAUACCUAUUUAUGAUGAUAGAAUAUAUACUGAUAGAGAUGUUCUGGACAUCGGUUGUAACUUUGACAGCAUAUUUCAGCGUCUACUAGAGAAAACUUCAUCGCAUACAACUGUAUGUAUUUUGGACUGUUGUAAACCGUAUUGGCGAAUCGGUAAAUCAGAAUCACGUGGUGUAUAUGGAGGUAGAGGUCUAUAUGAAAUUCAACCAAUUGAAAGAACAUUGAUCCAGUUAUCUUGUGCUGCUAAUAAAACAUCUCGUGAUGAUUUAUUUAGUAAAAAAUUACUGAAACAUAUCGCUAAAGAAAAUAUCGAUGUUCGAGAUCUUUUCCAACUCAUAACGAACGACGUGUUAACAGAAAGCAAUCAGAUGCAGGAACCGUUAACUAUAAAUGGAAUAAAGCAACAUGAACCAGUCUACCUCAACAAAAUGAUGAUAAAUACAAAUAGUAGAGUUAGAACACCCAAUAUUGCACACAAUGCAAAAUGGAAAUAUACCGGUCUUAUCAUUGCCGGUGGUAAGAAUUAUAAAUCUACGAUGGAUAAACUUUACUGUCCUCAAGGUCUGUGUAUGAGCCGCGAUAAUCAAAGUAUCUUGAUUGCUGAUAGUUUGAAUCAUCGUAUUAUGCUAUUAAACCGAAGGACAAAAAGUUUGCAAAUAUUAAUUGAUAAAAAUCGAAAUGGAUAUGAAUAUGAUCAAUUGUCUGAACCUUCAGAUGUAAUUUGUGACAUAGAAUCAAAACGUCUUAUUAUUUCCGAUUAUAAGAAUCGACGAGUGUUGCAAUGGUGUCCUAGAAGCAGUACUGACCUGCAGAUAAUUAAAGACAAUAUCAGAUGUCGUGGAUUGGCUAUGGAUGACGAAGGAUCACUUUACAUUUCAGAUACAGAAAGACAUGAAGUGAGACGAUAUAAUAAUAAUGAUAGAGAAGGAACGGUAGUCGCUGGUGGCAAUGGACAAGGUAAUCAUCUCAAUCAACUCAAUCAUCCGACAUAUGUUUUUGUUGAUCGAGAUCAAUCUGUGUAUGUAUCAGAUUCUUGGAAUGAUCGUGUAAUGAAAUGGGAGAAAGAUAUGGAAGAAGGUAUUGUCGUAGCUGGUAACAAUGACAUCGGAAACAAUCUCACACAAUUGAAUUGUCCAGCAGGAAUAGUCGUCGAUCUGUUCGGUACAGUCUAUGUAGCUGAUCAUUGGAAUAAUCGAGUGAUGCGAUGGUACAAUGGCGCAUCACAUGGAGAUGUUAUUAUUGGUAAUUCACCCGAUUUAGGAAACACUACAAAACUAUUGAAUGGUCCAGAAGGUUUGGCAUUCGAUGGUGAUGGUAAUCUUCUUAUAGCAGACUCUUAUAAUCAUCGAAUCCUACAAUUUGAUAUUCGAUUGACUUAA